CUGUCGAAAGACGACUGCAAUGUUUUCUUUGUUUCAUCGAUAUUUCUUGCGCGUCGACUCUCCGCUUGUUCUCGCAAUAUUAUCUUUAAAAAUUAUCUUCAUCGCGAACGUUACGGAAACGUGAUCGAAUUCCGUUCGACUCUCCAGUAAUUUUCCAAGAAGAAUCAGCGCACAGUUCGACGAGUUGCCGAGCCUGUCCAAUUAAAUGUGACCGUAUAAAAUACGCGGUACAUGCAACUCGUAAAUACUCGACAGGCUAUCUUGACAUCUGUCAACUCGAAACUCGGUUCACCUAACUCGAUUAAUUAAUAUUCACGGUGGAACACUUUCGGAUGGAUUCUAAAUGGAGUUUUUACACGGCAUCUCGAUUAUGGAUACCGGGGUACAAGAUAAACAUGUUCCUCGCGCAAUGUAGGAAGAUGAAUCAGCACGAGAGUGCCAACAAAGUUUGCGGCGAAACUUUUCCCGUUGCAAACACCGAAGGAGAACCAACAAAUUGUUCCAGAAAUCGUCUCCGAAGAAAAAUUUUUGGGAAUCUACGCUCCACGAAUCUGUGUACACGUUCCACCUUGAAAAACAUCAGAAACACGUGACACGAAAUAGCGAAGGUUUUUAUCGCGUAUGUCUCGAGGGUAGUACGAGCGUCAUGGUCGAGUCACGCUUCAUAGAAAGAGUCCGCAAAGUCAGCGGUAUUCAGAAUUUCGUAAAAAUGUAUAAAAAAACAAACACGUUGGCCAGUCGUGAAAUCCCGACUCGUCUUUUUGCUCGAUCGAAAUUUGCGGUCGUUAGAAAACCGCAGGAUGAAAUAAUAGGUUGGGCACCAUAGAUCGAGCCCUGCAACCCCGACAAUCGUUUCGGCGGGUCAGCAAAGUUUGCAGUCAAUUUUCCUUUCUCGUAUCGCCUGUUGGGGGCGUGAAAAGAAGUUCAGGAUGUACUACCUCGCCGGGCGAUUUCCUCCGAAGAAGAAUGGACACAGCAGAUGAGUAUCUCUUCGAUAAAUCGCAUAUCUCUAGGAUGAAAUUAUCGCUUAUGCGCGUUCAUGCAUGACAUGCACUUUAACCGUUUUUCCUUCACACGAAAGUAAGAUAUCGAGAAAUCGUCGUAAGAUGUUCGCAAGAAACAUCGGGAACCACGAAAGUAGCGGUCAGAACGUACGAAGAAUUUGGUAUAGAACGGAACUGAAACCGCGAGGAAGAGUAUUCUCGAAGGGAAAAUAGAAAUGGGAAUGUAAGGGACGAUAGAGAACAAAAACGGCCCGUAGUAUAUAGCCUUAUUGGCACGAAGCCGACAAAUAUCUCGUAUCGUCUCGAGAGCGUUAAGUGUAACAGCGCUGUUCUGUCCUCUGUAAGCUUUUCGCCACGAAAAGCAUCGAUCAACGGCCCGUAAAUGUAGAAAACGUUAGCACGGAUGGCCAGUUCGAUGCAUCUUUUUUGCUCUAUCAAUCUUUUUCCGAAUCUUCUCUAUCAAUCUUUUCCUACCCGCGGCACUGUGUGGUGUGAGAUAUUUUGUUACACGCGAUCGUAUAAGCCUGGUUUUCAUUCGUCAUCAUUUUUCCCCUCGUUUCACCGUGAUUGGAUUACAGUAUCGCCUCUCUAAAUGGCAGGACGUCAUUCCCGCCGCUACCAGGACUCCUCGCUCGUGGCACGCGACGAAAUCGUCCGAGUUCAAGUUUGAACGGUGGUUCGAAAAUUUUCUUGCGCACGAUAAUACAACGGCAGUCUAUCGCACCGUGCGUAAAUCCAUUAAAAUGCCUGCCAGACAAUUUGGCUCUUCUCUCUGCAAAUAAUAGACAACGUAGUUGUAUCCGGGAAAGAAUAGCUUUAUGGUGAAACGAUCUCCUCGGGCAUACUUUGGGUAUUUCAACGAGAAGAUAUUGGACGUAGAUAGGUCUUGGUAUUCCGAAAUUACCUAUAUACGCUUCAUAGACCAUUAAUAGUGCACGAGGGCCGCUUAAUGUUAAAGUCUCGAUAAUCCUUAUCUAUUUCCGCGUAGACAUCUCUCUCGAGCAAAUGAUCGCGCCGCGAUUAAUAAAGCUUCAUUCGCAGUACGACGCGCGUUCUCUAGCUACUUAAGAGCACCUCCGUUCCUCCGGGUAUUCGCGUCGCCUUCGCUCCGGCGAACACUUUACAACUUUUCUAAUGAAGGAUUAUUCGUGACGUUACUCGGCGAAGACGAGAAAGGGGAUGCAGAAUGUUGCUGUCAGAAAUUGCGAGCCAUACGGAAAUUAUCCAUGCGACACUCUAUUCAUAUGGAUAAUCCAUUCAUGAAUCAAACCCUCGGAAGAUCGUAUUUUAGUUACGCUGGAACAGGACGCGUUCUUCGCCGUUAAUAUUCUCGUUUGUUUCAAUCGUUUUAACGUUUCAACGCUUUGGUGGCUGUACGUUUCAGUCGAAUCUUUACUCGCUUUCGUGAUCUCUCUCUAAUCUUCUACGUAAUUUUAAUCCGUUCAACUUCUUUGACAUCGUUAAUUACGUUGCGAUAUCGUUAUCCGACCAGGUCUCAGGUAUUGGCAUCUAUUUCGUGCUUUAUUUAUUUAGAUAUUACGAGCAAAUACUUAGCCGCGUAUCUUUCUAUUUUCUCAAAUAAGAAACUUUCGGCUUAUCCAGGAUUAAAGUAUCCACUUUUCGUUUCAAAUUUCCGUAAAAGAGAAACACGUUCGAGAUUCGAAACCUUAGGGUAUAUCGCUAGAGUUAGAACUGUGCGCCAUUUACAGAGGUAAAAUGCUGUAACUAAUUACUUCCACGUUUUUCCGCUUUACUAUGCGAUGUUAUCCGAGCACAAUCCUUUAUACCUUGCCUCCUUGUCUUUCGCACCAACUGGAAGAAUAUAAUUGUUUCUUUCGCCGUUGCUGUUCUCGAUUCAUUAUUCUCCUCUGCUACUCACAGGCCUGAACUGUUCUUAAAUCGUACACACGGUCAGACAAAGAACUGGCUUUCUGAUUCUUUACGCUUCUUCUGCCAUAGUAGAUGACGAAAUCCCUGUUGGUGAAACACAAACGACGCAUCAUUCUCCUUUUUCGUUCGCGCAGGAUGCGUCAGUUCAGCUCCGGACCUUGUCGCCGGGACGACGCCGCUCUUGUUCUGACCAAAGGCCUCCAAGCAAGUAUUCGCAGCAGAGAUGCGUGGCGAUUCGACUCGGUCACAGAGGCGACGAACUGUUGGGCAAGACUUGUCUCGAACGAUUACGUUAGGAACACCGACUCUCCUCCUCUCCUAGUCCGCAUAUUUACCGUGUCGUGGGUUUACGAUGACGAGAACAUAAUUGCUUUCCGACGAAACGAACUUGGCGUUUCCCUAAAGUUCACCGAGUGAAGCGAAUUUCUCGGUUCGUUAACACUUUUCGUGAAUCACCUCCAAAGUAUACGGACAUUCCUCUUUUAUGUCCUUUUACGGCCGAUCUUCGUGGCAGAAUUCCAGCGAGCAAACACCGACAAGAAAAAUAAACCAAUAUACUUUGCGCGGAUCCGCAUCUUUAAACGCUAAAGGAAGCAACGUAACAAAGAGGCGAAGAAAAAGAUACGAGAUUAACGAGAGAAAUCGAGUGGUAAUGAUGGACCGAGAAGUAGGGGUAGUCGCAGUUUAACCCGAGGGUGUCGAUGAAGAGGUCGGCGAGAAAGCUGAAUGAGAAAGUUUCGACGAAACGUCGAUGGAAAGCUGCCCACUGGCGUCGAUCGGGGAUGGUAGAGGGAACGAUUUAUCAAAAGAUGGCAGCGACGUGGAGGUGACGUCCCUGGAGGAGGCAAAAUCGGUGAUAGCAGCGUUGCGAGCGAGGCAAAGGGCACAAGCGCAUCAAAUGCUCGCCUGGCGGAGGACUCUGAAGUUGCAGGAGGACCUGGUGGCACGGUUGACGAGGGAAAAGGCCGAGCAACUGCGAACGCUGUCCUCGCAGUUGCUCCUGUUCGAAUCGAGGCUUUGUCGGAAGCAGAAGGAGAUCGAGGCUAGUCUGGCUCAACGGGAAUCCAUUAUUCUCAGACAACAGAGGGUGAUUCGACAACUGCAAAGCAGAUUGGCUGAAAGAAGCACCGGGACACGGGAUUCGCCACCAUGUGACCCUCUCGAUAGAUUGGACAGUCUGGGUGACAGUGACAGUGCCGUUGUCCUUGAAGAAGCUGCCGAUGACCUCGCACCACCUAGAUUUCGUUCGAAUAUCACCGACGUGACGGUGAUUCGUUCAGUAUCGGACGCUGUUGAGCCGUCGAGUAAAUAUUCGUCGAUGCGACGGUGCAACGGAUUCCUCAGGAGACCGGAAAUCCUAGAGACCGUUUACUCGGUUGAAGAGGAUGCCGACAGCGAAAACAAUCAGGAUCCGUCCGAGUCCACGGAAAACUCUGAAUGCGAGGAACGACGGACAAAGAAUUUGGGGAAUGGCAAAGGCAGGCUUCAGGAUCUCUAUGGUAGCUUCGAGAGACUCGCGCAAGAAGCGGAUUCCCCGCCCAGCGAAAGACCCAGGGACGAAAGUCAACAGGCGCAGGUCACGUACAACAGGGUAAUGAGCAAUCACAGGUCAGUGACGAAACCAAAAGACGUGAAGUACAAGAGGAUAAACAAAGCGAAGUCGAAAAGUCUGGAAGAGUUGAGGGGACGUCUGAGAAACUGGGUCGAGAAGGGAAACAAAAUCGCUAUAUCGUUGGAUCAGUCUUACGCCUGAAUCUGUACCUUCUGAAAGUAUAUAAUGAAUCGUUUAAAGCGGCGAUCACAAUCGAGAACGCAACGUCCCGUGCGAUCGCGAGGGAUAAUUUUUGGAAAUUAACUCGUCGUAUGGUCGCCGGGGUAUAUUUUAUUGAAAUUCUCAUCGCUCCAUGUGAUAUUUACUGUAGUGUUUCGAGAAUUAAUUAGAAAAUAUUCCGCAUUGCGGAAGAAGUUGCGCGUGGACGAUUUUCAACGUUUGUGAUAUAUGCAGGAUUCUGAAGAAAAAGGGUUCAGAACUUACAGGGUACUCGCUGAAUCGAGGGAAUAAUCUUUAGCGAGCUCUUUUGGAGUCAUGGUGGAUGUUUGAUUUUAGUCGAAGAUUACUCGCUUCGCUUUCAGAAACUAUGAAAAGGUGGUCUUAUCGCGAUCAUUAAUUUCUACUCUCUUUUCAUUUUCGUCGCGUAAUCAGAGACAUUCGUUAAAUGUAAGAGAAUCUGUUGUAUAUGCUUCCCACGAAAGAAACCAAAGACAAAGAUACGAAGAGUUAACUCUUUGAAGCGUCAACCUAAAUGUCCUAACAAGUUUUCGAAUCCUUUCCCGUACGAGUAAUAAACUUUCAUCGGAAUUAAAUAAAAUAUAAUAUAAUAAAUGUCACAAAUUUUUCUCUUAAUAUUAAGGAAUCCUUUCUUAGUUUUCGAUAUGAUACCUCUAUACUUCGGAGCAUUUAUUGACAUUGUACUUUUAAAUACAACGCUUAUGAAUAUGUAAGUCAGAGUAUGGUAACAUAAACUGAAUAAACUCUGCAUGGCUUAUCGACUUUGUUCGUGCACGGUUUAUUAAAAAGUUUUCUCGCGAAAUAACGAGUGCUACCUGCGAGUCGGAGCCCUUUUCUUUCAAACACGCUGUAUAAUGAUUUUACUGUAAUACGACCACGUUAUUCUAGUGAUAAUUACUGUCGCGAUUGAAACGAUAAGGGAGUAAAGAGAAAGCGCGAGAUAAUCAAUGAAUAACAAAUCGUGGACUGCAACAAUUUUCGCGAGAUUUUCUUCUCUUCCUCGUUUUCUCUUGAGCCUAACUUCUGUUAUCACGAAUCGCGUUGCCAAAUUGUAUGACGUAUAAUCUGCGUACUCACACGAUGUACCCUGUUCUUCCACGAUUCAAAUUUUCUUUCCGACCAGAUAACGCAGUGCUAUUCGAAAAGAAUGUUUGUACUUUAAAUACAUACAACUUAGAAAUUGUACUAAAUCACAAUUUUCUAUCUGUCCUGUACAAAACAUUCUUGGAAUCAAUACAUAAUAUCUAGAAAGAAAAUCUUGACUUAUACACUGUCGAGUAUUGAACGAAAAAAAUUACAUGAAUGAUAUCGAACAUUCUUUUAGAAUAAUGCUGCGUAAGAUUCACGUAAUCGAGCGAACAUUUCGUACCGUAUUUCCGGUUUCUUCUUUGUAAAUUGCGUUUCACGACGAUAGAACAUGCUCUAUAGCGACGUUCAAAUGGAUUCCUUUUUUGUCAAUUACGAACACUAUCGGUUGAUUGACGCGAAGCUUCAAUCAGAAAAGCGAGACGUACGUUCAAUAUUUUAAAAAAGGGAAGACCAGAUAUCUGCGCAAUCAUACAGACCUGAGCUCAAUUUUUUAAGCACUCUAUAUACAAAGCGAUCGAGUACCGUUGAUAUAUCGCUAUCUGUCGCGUCGGUUUCUCCUCCGCCUAUACAAUUUAUCUACGAGCGAUAAACGUUUCCGAUGCAUCAAAUGCGAGACUCAAUGUUGUUCGAGCGUCUUACGAGAGACGCUUCUUUCCUGUAAAUCGUAAGCGUUCAACCAAACGUCGCGCUUCAACGUUCAAGAAAUGUGCCACCCUUCACUUUUCUAUCGAGAUUCCGUUAUAAACUCGCUCACCGAUUCGCUCGUCAGACUGACCGAACCAAUUAACGUUGUUUGUAAAGUAUAGCAAAAUCUUGUUAUAGUGCCACUGACUGUAAAACUCUUGGUAUCGAUCGGUUGGUUAAAAAGUUUCCUAACUCGAUGCGAUCCGCGUGAUGAUCCAACUUGCGACAUUAUCGAUAGCGAAAAAUGAGAAGAAGUAGUAAAAUAGGCAUUAUCAACGAUAAGACAUUAUGAACAAUAAUGACUAUAGAAAUAAUACCUUCCUCUUAACCAAAUAACUAUAUUCUACUAUAGCGAUUGUUUCGAUCAGCCUGGCGAUUUAACUUCUCAAUAUAUAUAUAUAUAAAAGUGAAAGUUUUCUAAACUGCAAUCAGUUUCAAAUAAUCGAUAUCUGUACAUGUGAUGCGUUUACAGACUCGUAUACAGCACGAUUAGAAUUGUUCGUUAAGACACGAGGGUCACACUCGGUAGCGUCAUAUUUUUCGAUCGUUCUUUACGACGUACCAAUAACGCGAAGUAGAGCAGCAUCGUUUAAUUUAUUAAUCGAUAGGAUAAUUUUUGCGCCCCUGGUCUUUAUAGGAACGAGAGAGAAAUCCUUGCGGGUACCUGUCUUUAAUUUUAAAACUACGUAGAGCGUUUCCAUUUUAAAUGAAGUUUCUAUUUUCUAAAUGUGUCUUCGAGCGGAUUUUAAGAAAUGAAUUUUAAUGAUAACUAUCGACAAUCCUUACUUUCGAAGAGGAAAAGAAAUAUAUAUAUAUAUUAUAUAUACUAUUAGAAAAGAAAAGUCUAUGGACAAUUCUUUUUCUUUUAUUUGUAAAUAAAACGAUAAUAUACGUAUGUAAUAUUUUAUUGUUAAGAUUCCUCGGAAUUCAAACAAGAUUAUCAUGUAGAUAGUCGCGUUACGCGAGAAUCGAAUAAAUUUUAACGAUAGAGAAACGAGUUUUAUGUUCCUGUAGGCUGUAUAACGAACGGCCAUCAACAGAUCUCGUGCAUAAUAUAUUGCGCGCUUAUAAAUAUACAUAAUACCUAUAUAAAUAAAAAAUCCAUAUAAAUAUAUAAAUAUAUAUAUAAAAUAUAUGAAAUAUGAUAUAAAAUGUAUUCAAGUCUACUAUCGACGAAAAGAGAAUGAGAACGAGAACGAUAAUUGUCGAAGCUCAAUCAUCAAAGUAUACACGUGGACAAAUGCUGCAAACGGUACACGAGAGAGAUUGUUAUUUUAAUUUAUGUAAACGAUGUAACGUGUAUACCGUCGCUUUUUUAGAAAAUUAGUAGACUGCUACCAAUAUUAAUAAUUAACGCAUUAUUAUUUUAAUUAAUUAUUAUUAAACCUCAAAUAAAUUAUGGUAUCAAAGUAUUGCGUUAAUUAUUGACCUUUUCUUUCGCAAUUUUUGUUAAAUACCACAAUACCUUGUAGCUCCGAACCAUUGUCAUUAAUUUUUUUAAUAUUGAUAAC